AUGGGGGUGAUGUGGUCAGAGGAUGGGGUGUUGAGUAGCCUUGACUAUCUGAGCAUAACUAAAGUUACUCUGUUACUGAAGGUUGCUGUCCGACAAGGAGGUGCUUUGCACAUCAAGGUCUCCUCCGACUGUAAGCUGGACAUUCAUCACAGUUACAGUGUGCACUGUGAACCUGAACCUGUCUUCAUUCAGCCUGAGAGUAAAACAUUUGAAUCUAGGUUUGGACCAAACUACCAUCCGACAUUUCAAGUUUUCGUGACGACGAGCACAGAGACAGUGGUUUUGAAGCUCAAGGACCAAGGUGGAAAUGUAGUCUGGUAUUGUCGCGUGUUACUGAAAGGUCCAAGUCAGGAAAUGUCCCAGAUAAAUGUCCCAGCAGAGAGCAGCGUCCCAGCAGAGAGCAGCGUCCGGGCAGAGAGCAGAGUCCCAGCAGAGAUGACUCUACCUGUGCUGGACGACCUUCUGGAUAAACUCUUUGAGUCUGAAGUGAUCAAUGAUUCUGAAAUGGAGAUAGCCAGAACCAAAGCCCGAAAGGACAGAGCACGAGAGGUGGUGGACACGGUGCGAAGAAAAGGAGCUGACGCCAGCAGGGUUCUGAUCAAUGCUCUCCGUGAGCUGGACCCGCAUCUUUACGAUGUGCUCAAGGAAAAAAACCUUGUGGAGUGUGUGUGA